AUGGAAACUAGUCAAAGAGAAGAGCUUGCAAGCUUCUUAACUGUUCUUCCCCCUGUUGAUUUCUGCUGUGUUUAUGGUUCCACAUUGCAUCCAAACAACCAAGAUAAGUCUAAAAUGGUGGAUUAUAUCCUUGGAGUCUCUGAUCCCUUGCAAUGGCACUCUGAAAAUCUGAAAAUGAAUUCUGAUCACUAUGCUUCAUGGAUGGUUCACCUUGGCGGAUCCAGGCUGAUUACGAAAGUUGCAGAUAACGUAGGAGUUGGAGUUCACUUCAAUCCAUUUGUCAAUUGGAACGACAGGAAGCUAAAGUAUGGUGUGGUUCGGAUGCAUGACCUAGUACAGGACAUACUCGACUGGAACAGAUUCUACUUGAGUGGCCGUUUACAGAAGCCGGUUCAUUUACUUGUUGAUAAACUGGACUUAGAAGAAGUGAAUUCUGUUAAUAAGAGAGCCGCAGUAUCUGCAGCACUUCUUCUCUUGCCUCCAAAAUUCACCGAGGAAGAUCUAUACGCCAAAAUCUGCAGCCUUUCUUACAUGGGAGACUUGCGGAUGCUUUUUGCAGAGGACACUAAUAAGGUGAACAAGAUUGUGAAGGGACAGUUUAAUCUUUUCAAGUCAAUGUAUAAGCCUUUUCUUGAAGAGUGCGAGACCAAACAAUUGCUGAGAUUCUUAUCCGCUGAAGCUAGUCAAGCUAAAUUAGUUCAGGACUCUGGCCUAUCAGCAUCACGCUCUCUGGUCUCUUCUCUUCCUGCAUCAGUAAGAAGCCAAAUGGGGAAGUUACUUGGGGAAAAGAAAACCUUGAGUGAGACAGGUAGAGUUUUGGGAGAAGUUUGUAUAAGUUCAAGAGAAGAAGCAGCGAAAUGUAUGGAGAAGGUAAUGAAGCGAAGGGUAAUGGUUUCAAGCGCAAGACAGGCUGUGUCUGGUUUCUUGGCUGCUGGAGCUGUUAAUGCAACCAUGUAUCUUUCUCAGAAGAUGCGCAAAGCUUGGAACUCUCAGUCAUGA